AUGUGCUUGGCAGCAGCUAAGGGCUUUGGCAAGACUUCCACCAAGGAGCACCUCCCAGCUGACAAGCAGAAGCGCGGCAAGAAGAACAGUGACUUGGCAGUGGAUGGCUCAUCCAGCAAGGCUGUGGACAGGGCUGUGAGGGCGGUGGAAGGGAGGAAGUCCCGGCCAGUCGACCCCAGGGAAGCCUCAAAGGGGCGGCUGGAUUAUGCUCAGGUGAGCGACUGGGGGAGCGGCGAGCCUGCGGAUCUGGAUGCGCUGCAGGUGACCUCCUUUGAGGCCGAUGGCGGCCCGGAGCGGCCAUUCUACGAGCAGCUUGCACGGCGCCUCGCCCAGCUGGAGGCAAGCCGCAGCCGUCCUGCCCACCUUGCUGCACAUGAUUCUGACCGCAAGGCUGCGGCUCUCACGAAACCUAGGCAGGGGGCAUUGAAGGUGGCGCAGCCGAGGGGAGCGGGGCCGCUGCCGCCGUUCCACAAGUGGAGCUUCAGGGAGGAGCGCUACAUCCAGUGGCUGGCCGACAUGCACACCGUCCACUAUGCCCUCGAAGCCGCCCUCGCAGACGCCGUCACCGUGGCCGCCACUGAGCACUACGGUGACAGCGAGUUGUUGGAGAGGGUGUUUACAGCGCUGGGCUGCUUCAGCGAGGAGCGGGGCCUGGACCGGUCGCUAGAGAUCGCAGCGGACCUCAACAACAUCGCCAAGGCAUCCACUUUGACGGAGCCAAUCGAGCUGGCGCCCUCGCCCAAUGCGCAGGCGUACGCAGACUACCUGUGCCGCCUGGGGCUGCUCUGCACCGAGGAGGACGAGGCGGCAGAGAUCGAGGAGGCCGCGCUCAGGCUGGUGGCGAACGCGUACCUGGUGCAUGUGACGCACCUGACCACCGGCAUGCGCAUCGGCGCCGCAGCCGCCGAGAAACUGGACCUCUUCCCGGCGCAGGCGCUGAACUACUUUCAGACGUGGCCGGAGGGCGUGCUGCCGGACCCGCUGGCGCUGUGCAUCGCGAAUGUGAACGCCGCGGGAGACGCGCUCAGCCUGCAGCAGCGUGAGGCGGUCAUGGCAGAGCUGCCCAAGGCCAUGCCCAAGAUCAGCCUGCUGCUCAGCCCGCUAGCCCACACCAAAUGAUUUAGAGGCGCUGCCCCGGGGUCUGAUAGGGUGUCGAGGGUAUUGUGGUCACUUUGGAACAUGUGAUUUGAAUGAGAUUUGCAAACAUGCCCAGGAUCAGCCUGCUGCUGCUCACGCCCCUGGCGCAAACGAUGUCGAGGCGCUACCCCUUACAGCGCAGGGGUAUCGGCAAUAUUAUGGUCAUAUCAGAAUUUGUUGUUUGAAUAAGGUUGCCUCACAUGCCCGCAGUGGAAUCAUGCUGGGCGUUCUUGCUUUGGCGCAGUGGACUGGCCCAUGGGUGUAGUAUCAGAACAGAUGAAUUUAGUCAGUUGUGAUGCUUUUGACGGACACUUGCCGCUGUGGCACUGACCACGAGACGGUUGAGAUGAUCUCAAGAGUAUGCGGCGCACGCAGGUAUAUUGAGCCAGCAUCUGAUUUCAAUUUUCCUUGCUGCGACUAUUACAAUAC